AUGGAAACAAUGACAUGCGCGUUGCAGCAUGCACCAACCCCUGUGCGCUCCAGUACCCGGUGCAGCGGUCGCAACGGCGGCAAGGCCCCCUCCGCCGCCGCCGCCGCCGCCGCCGCGACGACCCCGGGGCUCGGCGGAGCCUUGUCCCAGUGCAAGAUGGCCGCCGAGGCCGCCCCUGUGCGCGGGCAGCGCGGGCGCAAGCGGCCAGAGCCGACGUUACGCGCUCCAAGCGCUCGGCGCCGCGGCCGCCCACGGGCCAGCUCGCGCCAGCCGGCGCCACGCUCGCCGCAGCCCUUCUUGGGCGCCAGCGGCAGUGCGCCUGGGCAGCCCGAGACCUCUGCCCUCGGCACGCUCGCGGCAGCGUUCGAGCGCGACGCGCUCGAGGCAUGCCUGUCGGGGAAGGGCCGCGGGGCGAGGCUGAGCGCCGUGGCCGCGGGUUUCGAGGCACGCCUGGCCAGGGGCCCCGCCGGCAGAUUGGCCAGCCCCGAUUGCGGCGGCGGCCCACCGCGUUCGGAGCCCAUUGCGUGCAUGCGCGACACCGUCCCGACAGCCCUGCGCGGCUCGUUUGCGGGCACGGGGGCCCCCGCCCCAGCGUCGGCUGCCUCCGCGUGCGGCCCCCCGCGCACGCCCGUCUGCGCCCUGGCGGCUGCCAGAGCCACGCCGCCAGCCUGCCCGGGCCAGCGAUCCCGCUCGGCGCGGACGCGGGCGACCAUGGGCGCGGAGGCCGCGCCCGCAGCCCGCUCGGCGGGGUUCCUGCCGCAGCUGUGUGAGCUGCUGCGGUGCCUGGACCCGGAAGGGCGCCGCUCGGUAAUCGCACGGGGCUUGACGCAGCGGCAGCGAGCCGAGCUGGAGGCGUGGAUGCUGGCGCGGAGGCGCACCGCCGGGCCCAAGGCCGAGGGCUGCCCCUCGGCCAGCGAGGCCCAAGGGCGCACGCGGCACCUGGGCAGCUGCAUUUGGGGCACCGCCGACGGCGGCCACAUGGCGUGCGUGCACCUGGGCCACAGCCUGCACGCGCAAUCCACUCGGUGCCCCGACCUGCCCUCCGCCGUCCAGGCGCUCGGCCGCCUGCUCUGGCUGAGAUCCCGCUGCUGGGGCGCGCCCGUCGCCACUCCUGGCGCUGGGUGCCAAUCCCCGCGAUGGCGCGAGCCCACGCAGGCCGCCGGCGCGUUUGCUGGGCGGCUGGCGGAGGCCGCCCUGGAGCUGCAGCGGGGAGCCGCUGUGCAGCUGCGCCUGCGCUCGCGGGUGGCGCUGGCCCGCGGCCUCCGCCUCUCCACGCCGCUGCGCGGGGACGUGGCCGGCGCGCUGCGCGAUUGGGAGAG